AUGGAGGACGUUCAAGUUAGCGACACGCCUCCCGACCCGAGCCUCCUCCCCGAGGCUGGCAACGACCCGGCCGACCCGCUGCGCCCUGAGAUUGAAGAGGAGAACCAGGUGCCAAAUCCGCCCUUGGCGGCGCCCAACCAGGACAUGGAGUUGACGGACGGCGCCGAGAACGGCAUCGGCGAGGACGAAGAAAACAAAGGCCAGGAUGGCGGCGACGAGUCAGAGCUGUCCGACGUGGAUGAGGCGCAGUUUGAGGAGUUCGACCCGGACGCAGUGCACAUUCCUGUCGCGGUGGACGAGAGCAACGUCGGCCUGAUCGGCGUGCACAAGCGCAAGCGCGCGGAUGGCGAGGGUGAGGGUGGCAGAAAGAAGAAGAAGGAGGGCCGCAGAGAGAAGCCUAGGAAGGGUAGGAAGAGGAGAGAGGAUGAGGUGUCUGGUGGUGAUGCAGAGGCCGGCGGCGACGAGCGGAGGAGCAGCAGGAGAAAGAAGCCGGAGAAGGUGGUGGUGGAGGAGGAUGAGAGCAAUUUGACGCCAAUGGAGCGUCGCAAGCGUGCUCUCGACAGAGCCAUGGACGAGGCGCUGAAGGCCGGAAAGCGCACCAGGAGAAAGAAGGAUGGCAUUGACCUCGAUGCCAUGGCCGAUGCCGAAAUCGAAGAGAUGCGGCGCAGGAUGACCGAAGCCGCGCAGGCCGACAACGAAGGCCGUGAGCGCGGCAUGCCGGCCUCCAACAAGCUCAAGAUCUUGCCGGAAGUAGUUGCGCUGCUGAACCGCAACAGCAUCCAGAACUCGCUUGUGGAUCCCGACAUCAACCUCCUGCAGGCAGUGCGCUUCUUCCUGGAGCCGCUCAAUGACGGCUCGCUGCCGGCGUACAACAUCCAGCGCGAGCUGUUCACCGCGCUGACCAAGCUGCCCAUCACUAAAGACUCGCUGAUUGCAUCGGGAAUCGGCAAGGUCGUCAACUUCUACACCAAGAGCAACCGCCCCGAGCCCGGCAUCAAGCGCACAGCCGAGAAGCUCAUGGGCGACUGGACGCGCCCCAUCCUCAAGCGCACCGACGACUACCGCAAGAUGGAGCGCCCCGAAGCGCACUACGACCCGAGCCGCAUCCCCGCCCGCGCCGUCGCGCAGCCCUCGGCCGCAUCCACCCAGGCCGCCGCCCGCGCCAAGGCUCUCGCGCCCCCGGACCGCGGCCGCGCCCGCCACGAGGGCGAGCUCCGCUCGUACACUAUCGCGCCGAAGAGCAACAUUGUCGUGCCGGACGUGCAGCAGACGCGCGGCGCGGGGUCGAGCGAGACGGCGAAGAGGCUCAAGCUGGGGCGUGCGGGUGGUGGGCGUCGUUAG